CCUCCCCGCCUGCAGAGGUCAGUGUGGCGUCUAUACACCACAGCCUGGAACGUCCCCCUCUGUCUGUCCUCUUUCUGGUGUGGUUGGUGACAGUCGAGUUGUACUCCAGAAUAUGGCACUGAAACAGAUUUCCAGCAAUAAAUGCUUUGAGGGCUACCAGAAAGUGUUUGAACAUGACAGCACGGAACUCAAGUGUAAAAUACGAUUUGGGAUCUAUUUACCACCUAAAGCCGAAACUUCCAAAUGCCCGGUGGUAUACUGGCUUUCAGGGUUAACAUGUAAUGAACAAAAUUUUAUCACCAAGGCUGCCUUUCAUCAAGCUGCUUCUGAGCAUGGGCUGAUCAUAGUGGCACCUGACACCAGCCCACGUGGCUGCAAUAUUGAUGGAGAAGAAGAAAGUUGGGAUUUUGGUACUGGUGCUGGCUUCUAUGUUAAUGCCACUGAGGAGCCAUGGAAAACGAACUAUAGAAUGUAUUCUUAUGUAGUGGAAGAGCUGCCACAACUCAUAAAUGGAAAUUUUCCAACAGACCCAGACAGGAUUUCUGUAUUUGGGCAUUCUAUGGGGGGUCAUGGUGCUUUAAUCUGCGCACUGAAGAACCCUGGGAAAUACAAGACUGUCUCAGCAUUUGCACCAAUUUGUAAUCCAGUACAGUGCCCAUGGGGUCAGAAAGCGUUCGGUGGAUAUUUGGGUUCUGACACAAACAAAUGGGAAGCAUAUGAUGCAACCCAUCUGGUGAAGACUUACUCAGGAUCACAGCUAGACAUAUUAAUAGACCAAGGGAAGGAUGACCAAUUCCUCUCUGCGGGACAGCUAUUGCCUGACAAUUUUAUUGCAGCUUGCACUGAACGAAAAAUCCCUGUGGUCUUUAGACUGCAAGAGGGCUAUGAUCAUAGCUACUUCUUUAUUACUACUUUUAUAAAUGAUCACAUCAAACACCAUGCAAAAUAUCUGAAUGCCUGAGGCUACUGAGAAAAAAGAAGAUUGUCAUUGAUCCACAAAGAGAACAAGGGGACAUUUUAAAUCAUCUGCUCCGUUUUAUAGGAAAUUAUGUGAAAUGUUCUUCCGUGUAAGGAAAAAAAUUGAAUAAAAAGAGAAAUGACAGUCGGUGUGACCUUAAGUCUUUUA